AUGAGCGACCCUGCCGAAGCUCCAUCGGGGAGCCAGCAGCCCGCUGGAGCAGACCACAAGAAGGACUUCUCCACGGCCAUCCUGGAGCGCAAGAAGUCGCCCAACCGGCUGGUGGUGGAUGAUGCGGUGAACCAGGAUGACAACUCAGUGGUGACCCUCAAUCCCAAGACUAUGGAGACGCUGGAGCUGUUCAGGGGUGACACCGUGCUCCUCAAGGGCAAGAAGCGCAAGGACACAGUGUGCAUUGUGCUGGCCGAUGACACGGUGGAGGAGGCUAAGAUCCGCAUGAACAAGGUGGUGCGCAAGAACCUGCGGGUGCGGCUGGGUGACAUUGUGAGCGUGCACCAGUGCCCUGACGUCAAGUACGGCAAGCGCAUCCACGUGCUGCCGUUUGAGGACACCAUUGAGGGCAUCAGCGGCAACCUCUUCGACGCCUUCCUCAAGCCCUACUUCCAGGAGGCCUACCGCCCAGUGCGCAAGGGCGACACCUUCCUGGUGCGCGGCGGCAUGCGCACCGUGGAGUUCAAGGUGGUGGAGACCGACCCCGCUGAGUAUUGCAUCGUGGCCCCCGACACCGAGAUCUACUGCGAGGGCGAGCCCAUCCGGCGCGAGGAUGAGGAGCGGCUGGACGAGGUGGGCUAUGACGAUGUGGGCGGCGUGCGCAAGCAGAUGGCCCAGAUUCGGGAGCUGGUGGAGCUGCCGCUGCGCCACCCUCAGCUGUUCAAAACCAUCGGCGUCAAGCCGCCCAAAGGCAUCCUGCUGUACGGGCCCCCCGGCUCCGGCAAGACCCUGAUUGCCAGGGCGGUGGCCAACGAGACAGGCGCUUUCUUCUUCCUCAUCAAUGGCCCAGAAAUCAUGUCCAAGCUGGCGGGAGAGAGCGAGUCCAACCUGCGCAAGGCUUUUGAGGAGGCUGAGAAGAAUGCCCCCGCCAUCAUCUUCAUUGAUGAGAUUGACUCCAUCGCGCCCAAGCGCGAGAAGACGCAGGCAAGUGAAGAGGCGUGGGGACAGGGUUGCGGAGAUGGGCUGGAGCGGGCCAAAGGCGAGGUGGAGCGGCGCAUCGUGUCGCAGCUGCUGACGCUGAUGGACGGCCUCAAGUCACGCAGCCACGUGAUUGUGAUGGGUGCCACCAACCGCCCCAACUCUAUCGACCCAGCACUGCGCCGCUUUGGCCGCUUCGACCGCGAGAUUGACAUUGGCGUGCCCGACGAGAUUGGGCGCCUGGAGGUGCUGCGCAUCCACACCCGCAACAUGAAGCUGGAUGAGGAUGUAGAUCUGGAGGCCAUCUCGCGAGACACGCACGGCUAUGUGGGCGCAGACCUGGCCGCGCUGUGCACUGAGGCGGCGCUGCAGUGCAUCCGUGAAAAGAUGGACGUGAUUGACCUGGAGGAUGAGAGCAUCGAUGCAGAGGUGCUCAACUCCAUGGCCGUCACCAUGGACCACUUCAAGACUGCGCUGGGCCUGUCCAACCCCUCUGCGCUACGCGAGACUGUGGUGGAGGUGCCCAACAUCACGUGGGACGACAUUGGCGGCCUGGAGGGCGUCAAGCGCGAGCUGCAGGAGACGGUGCAGAACCCGGUGGAGCACCCCGAGAAGUUUGAGAAGUAUGGCAUGGCGCCCUCCAAGGGGGUGCUCUUCUACGGCCCGCCAGGCUGCGGCAAGACGCUGCUGGCCAAGGCCAUUGCCAACGAGUGCCAGGCCAACUUCAUCAGCGUCAAGGGCCCCGAGCUGCUGACCAUGUGGUUUGGCGAGUCGGAGGCAAAUGUGCGGGAGAUCUUCGACAAGGCCCGCCAGUCCGCCCCUUGCGUGCUGUUCUUCGACGAGCUGGAUUCCAUCGCCGUGCAGCGCGGCUCCUCCAGCGGCGACGCGGGCGGCGCCGCCGACCGCGUGCUCAACCAGCUGCUGACGGAGAUGGAUGGCAUGAACGCCAAGAAGACGGUGUUCAUCAUCGGCGCCACCAACAGGCCCGACAUCAUCGACCCAGCCCUCAUGCGGCCCGGCCGCCUGGACCAGCUCAUCUACAUCCCGCUGCCAGACGACGGCAGCCGCCGGUCCAUCUUCAAGAGCGCGCUGCGCAAGUCGCCGGUGGCGCCCGACGUCGACCUGGACCUGCUGUCCAAGGUGACCCAGGGCUUCUCCGGCGCCGACAUCACCGAGAUCUGCCAGCGCGCCGUCAAGUACGCCAUCCGCGAGUCGAUCGAGAAGGACAUUGAGCGCAACCGGCGCAAGCAGGAGAAUGAGGACCUGAUGGACGAGGAUGACACAGAUCCGGUGCCCUGCAUCACCAAGGCGCACUUUGAGGAGAGCAUGAAGUUUGCGCGCCGCUCUGUCAGUGAUGCUGACAUCCGCAAGUACCAGGCCUUUGCGCAGACGCUGCAGCAGUCCCGCGGCUUUGGCAGCGACUUCCGCUUCCCCGAUGCGGGCGGUGCCGCGGCCGCCGCCCCUGGCGCUGCUGCCGCACCCGCCGCGGCAGCCGGCACGUUCGCUUCUGCAGGGGCAGCGGAUGAGGAGGACGAUUUGUACUCUUGA